GGUCAAUGAUAGAGUUACAUUGUUACAACUUGUAAUGGCCCCAAGUGUUGACAAUGAUGAGAACAUGUUUGUCCUCCCCAUUGUUGGCAUUGCGGGUAUUGGUAAGACAGCUCUCGUCAAAUUGCUGUACAAUCAUGAAAUGGUCGCCAAGCAUUUUCAGUUGAGGAUUUGGGUGAAGGUAGCACAAUAUAUUGAUGUUAAAGAUGUGAUGCAAAAAAUUGUUCAGUGCAUAACUGAUUCCCCCCCUUGUGCUGACCUCAAUUCAAAUCAGUUAAAGAAUCUCCUUCAAGAAAAAUUACAUAAUACGAAAUUUUUACUCGUCUUGGACAAUUUAUGUGAUUGUGAUAAUCGAGAAUGGCAUAAGUUGUAUGACUUAUUGAGAUGUGGUUGUAUCAUGGGAAGUAAGAUCAUAGUGACUACACGUUACAUAUGGGUUGCUACAAUUGUGGGCACGGUUCCCACACAUAAUUUAGACAGUCUUUCAGAUAAGGAUUGCCUUGAAUUGCUUUGGAAGUGGGCAGGUUGUCGUCAAAAAUUGGGGGAAGAACAUGCGAAUGCGAAGCUCGCAGAAAUUGCAAAGGAAAUUGUGAAAAAGUGCCACGGAUAUCCUCGUGCAGCAAAGACUUUAGGCAACAAUUUGUUUAUGGAGACUAAUGAAAGUAAAUGGUUAGAAUUAAAAGAGAAACAACUAUGGGAAUUGGCACAAAAGAAACAUGACAUUUUGGUCGUGUUAAGAUCGAGCUACGACACACAACCAACUGAGUUGAAACGCUGCUUCAUAUAUUGUUCAAUUUUUCCAAAAAACUAUGAAAUUGAAAUUGAUAAAUUGAUCCAGUUGUGGAUGGCACAGGGGCUCAUUCAAUCAUCUGGCCUAACUGGUGAGUUGGAAGAUACUGGCACUGAUUAUUUGAAUCAGUUAUGUUCCAUAUUUUUCUUAGAAAAGACUGAAGAACAACAUGGCAAUCUAUCAAACACGUGUAGAAUGCCUGAGAUCAUCCAUGAUCUUGCAGUAUAUAUGGCAAAUGAAGAAUGCUUAAUUACAACAAAUUAUCGUUUUGGGCCGAUUUCUGAUAAGGUUAAGCAUGUAUCAUUUCAUGAUUUUGAUUGUUCAGCGGAAGAAGUCACAAAGUCAUUGUUCGAACUAGAGAAUCUGAGGACUGUUUUCUUUCCAUUUCAAGGACUGGGAGCUGGUGACAAAGGCUUUGUUAACAGAUGCAUCUCAAAGUUCAAGUAUCUGUAUGUGCUUGAUUUGAGUAACUCAUGUUUUCAGGUGUUGCCACAUUCCAUUGGUAAUUUGAAGCAUUUGAGAUAUUUUGACAUCAGUGGGAAUGCAAAUAUCGAGACACUCCCUAACGCCGUUUGCAAACUGUACAAUUUGCAAACUUUGAGAUUCAGGUGUUGUGUGAAAAUUCAAAAGUUACCGAAAAACAUAGGGAACUUAAUCAGUCUUAGGCAUUUGUACUUGACCACACAACAAAGUUGCUUGCCAGAGAGACAAAUCCAAUGCUUGACCUCUCUCCGAUCCUUUCGGAUUACAGGAUGUGGAAACCUUAAAUCUUUGCCUGAAGGAAUGCAACUCCUCGUCAAACUCAAAACAGUGACUAUUGCAGCUUGUCCCAAUUUGACCUCUCUGCCAAGUACCAUGAAGAACCUGGCCAAGUUGACGAAUCUUGAGAUUAGCAAUUGUCCGAAUCUUGACUUGGCAGGGUGGGAGGACUUUACAUGCCUUAGGAGCCUUCAAUAAAUUGAAGGGUACAAGAUUUUAUGAGUUUGUGGCUCUCCCAGUGCAUGUAAUGGAAAUUUCAUAUCAGUAAGAGAACCGUGAAGUGUGAAGUGACGGGCGUUCGAUGGAAAACCAACCGAUGAAUGGCUUGUAUCUAAAGGGGAGGAGGAAGGAGUUGUUAUCUCCAUCAGAAGCUCUUGAACUUAGCUGCAGUUAGGAUUCUGCUAUUAAUGUUGUUUUGUUGGGUAUGUUAUCUAUGUAAUGUUGUUGUGGACUACUGUUCUAAACAUUGUGUUUCUCAUUAUUGUUGUUAUAUAUCUACUGUUUUUUAGUAAAUGGUCCUGAUGGCUUUGAAUUGUCCCAUCUCUGCCUCCUUAGUUUAACUAAUGUUUUACAUAUUAGCCUGUUGUAACUAAUAUUAGACCCAGCUUUGAAAUGUAGUUAACAGCAAAUUCUGCCACAUCACGCCCACCAAAUUUUACUGCAUUUCUGUGUUUCCAAAUAGCCCAAACCACAAGGUCUUCUAUAUGCACAGAAUCUAAUCACAUAAUCAGAUAUAACUCUCUCAUAUGGUGUGAGAUCCAAGCAUUUAAUGGGUCAGAGUCACACCGCUCCUCUAUUCUUUAGAAAAUUUCCAAAACUCAAGAGGCAAAAUAACAAUCCAGCAAGCAAUGUAUAUUCAGGAGCUCCAUUUCAUUAUUACAUACCUCGCAAACACUAUUUGAGAUAAAACCUUUGACAAGGUAAAAAGCUUCUAAACACAACUCUGAGAAAAUUUAUUUUUUAAUUGAUAUAAUUUUGGAUAUAUGAAAUUCAUUAGUUUAAGAGAUUCCGAGGGAAAAACAAAAUAUUGGGUCAGGGAAAAUUUCAUUUUGCACCUCUGUACUUUACACCAAAUCUUACUUUAGCCAAAACUACAACUAAAUUCGACACGGCUAUUGUUUGUCAUGGAUGCCUUGAACUAAACUACGCUAAAUUUUGACAUGGAUGGCUUGCUAAAUAUUUUAUUUGAGUUAGGUAUCCUUUUUUCCAUUUUUUAAUGGCUUUAUAUAGCUACAGAUGACCAUUGGUUCAGUGGUUAAGACUUGGCCUAAUAACCUCGAGGUUAUGGGUUCAAUUCUUGCGACCACCACUUUGUGCACUACGCCAAAGGUUAGGUGUGUACUCAAUAUGAUCCCUCCCAAACACACAUUAAUGUGUACUAAUUGAGCGUUGUAUUUAUAUAUAUAUAUAGCUACAGGAACCUCCUGAUUGUUAGGAGCAGCCGGCUGAUUCUCCACAAUUGGUUAGUGGAAUGUUAGGUUAGCUCUUAAAAGUGCAAAUGUCCUAUGAUAGCCACCUGGCCCAAGCAUCUAUAGUGUAUCCCCCAAGAAAUGGAAGUGGUUAUUCUACAUUAACCCUCAGCUGUUUGAUCAAAAGGUAGUGAGAUUUCAAAUGUGAUGAAUGAAUGCUAUGUAUCCAAUCCGGGAGUAGCUCUCCUCAAAACUCCAUCUCCUCCAUGACCCUCAAGACUCCAUUUUGUAGGAACAAGCAGCCAGUGACCUUCAUAGACUAAUCUCUCUUCUUGAAAGCAAUCACACGAUAGGGGUCAACAGUAUGACUCACCAGACAAACCAAGUGGUGGAGAUGUUAAAGAAUUAAGACAAGUUUGUCACCGCCUAUCCUCAGAGGAAGAAAAGGGUAAAAAAGGAAACUCCUUGGAUCAUUACCUCAUUUUGGGAAUUAAACCAUCUGAUGCAGCAUCCAAAAUCAAAAAGGCAUACCGGAAAGCUGCACUGAGACAUCAUCCAGACAAGGCUGUUCAGUUCCUGGCAAGAAGUGAGAAUGGAGAUGAUGGACAACUCUGGUAGGAAAUAGCUCAUGAAGUCCACAAGGAUGCUGACAGACUUUUUAAAAUGAUCGGAGAGGCAUAUGCUAUACUUCUAGAUCCAACCAAGCAAUCACAGUAUGAUCUUCAUGAGGAAUUGAGGAAUGCCCAAAAGGAGAGCAAUGGAAGUAGAGCUUCUAGAGGACCUUCUGAUGAUUACAGCUCUCCAUUUGAUGGCAGUGCGAACAGGCAAUAUUGGAAGCAGUCUUGGAAGACAUGGGAACUCGCGUUCUCAAUUUCGAUAAGCUGUAGAAAAGGUAAAGUCAUACUUACAUCUGGAAGCUAGCUAGUUGAAAUCAAGAAAAAUCAGAUUAACCGACAUACAUUACAAGUUCCAUGGAGUAUUGGUGGGAGGGGGUUGGUGGCUGGUUACUGGUCUGGGAAGACAUUGAUGACCCACGAUUAUUCUAAUGAGAAGUGAAGUGAAGUGGUGGCCAUGCUCUUGUUUUUUCUGAGGAUACCUUUAUGAAGAAAUUUCAAGAGAGGGACAGAGGGAGGGAAGAUAUUUUUAUGUUUUUUGGUUCCAACUUCAAUGGUGAAUUUCUACAUAUGCCAACCCCAAAAAAGAUUUAUUUUGUGAAAGUGGGUUGGCAAAGGGAUGUUUAUACAAAGUUGUGUUAUUACAUUUUUGUUUUUGGUCGGAAUAUUUUUUAGUUAAUAGAUUCUUCAAAUUGGUUAUUAAGUGAGGGCCAUUUGCAUGUAGUAGUCCUGCAGCAGUUUGAUACUGAGGGAAAGAUGUUAAUAUGUUUUGAAUGUGCUAGUAUUAGAUAUAUUGUAUGAGUAAUGAAAGGAAUGAAUUCAUUUUGUAGAGAUUUUCUAUUAAUGAGCCUUCUUGUUAAUUGGAAACUUUGUUUUUGGUGCUA